AUGAUCGAUGACGUCAUAGUAAGACAAACCCUGAACCCAGCCGCCCCUUUCUUCUUUCCCAAAAAUCAUUCUCUUCAUCGUUACUACUUCUCGCCACCCCCUUUUUACUUAUUCGCCGACACAUCUCUCCCUCCUCCUCCAUCGAUCUUUGUCUAUUAUCCACUUCGGCAUAUAAACCUUAACCCUAAUAGGUUUGUGUUUAUGCAAGAAGUCCCUCCUCUUCACUCACAAAACCCUAGCCAAGAGCUGACUCCUUCUCCGACCAUUAGAAAAAGGGGUUUUGGCCGGAAAGGAUACUACGGACACCGUAAGAAGAUGACGUGGAGGAGAGAGAUCCAUCAUCAAGUUGAAUCCAACGACGACCACGUCACAACUGUCAUGGUUCGCAAUAUUCCGAACAGAUACACGAGAGCAAUGAUGAUGGAGUUCCUGGAUGAGCACUGCGCAGAAGAAAACAGUAAGGAGAAAGAUGAAGAGAAUCCAAUCUCAGCCUAUGAUUUCUUAUAUCUUCCCAUGGAUUUCAACAUGUGGAACAACGAAAUGAUGCUAGAAAUCUUGGAAAUGGUCUCGUUUUGCUUGACUGAAAUGAACAAAGGGUAUGCUUUUGUGAACUUCACAAAUGUUGAAGCAGUGUCGAAGUUUAAGGCUGCUUGCAACGACAAGCCAUGGAGUAAUUUCCGCUCAAGAAAAGUACUAGAAGUUGCGUAUGCUAGGAUUCAGGCUAGUUCUCUACUCCUCCCUCUACUUGGCAAGUAUGAGUUGACGAAAAAUUUCCAAAAGAUGAAAUAUCCGGUUGAGGAAUACAGUGCGGUCUGUUUCUGUCCAGCUCGUAGCGGACUAAAGAAUGCGGUUCAAACCAUCAUGGUCGGUAAAUGCACCGAACCAGUGGUAUCGGAUUAG